AAAAUUCACGAACUAGAAGUUUCACUCGAUGUAACAUCUGGGAAUGUACGGGAAGCACACUGUACUUGCAGAGCUGGCAAAAGUGGGUACUGUAAUCAUGUGAUGAGUCCUCUACUUGAACUCGCUCGUUACUCUUUGGAAGACUUUGAAAGGAUACCUGAGGAAGUAGCAUGUACAAGCAUGUCAAGGAAAUGGGGUAUUCCAGGUAAAGUAUAAAUUGAUUUCAAUUAGCUGUAAGUACCUACCUGUACCUUUGGGCAGCUCAUGCAAGUAGUUAACAUGUUCAGUUUUCGUCUGCUAGCAGAAGAAUUAAACUGAUAAUAGAAUAGGUCAUGCUGAAGCACGUCUUGAUAAAGUUGUAAUGAUGUGUCUGAAAGUUUUGAAGUGACUUAAGCAUUAUUCACAUAGUGAUCAAACUUUUUUCUGUUGUUGUUCUAAGGUGAGAAAGGUCUGCCUAAAGAACCCAUAAUGAAGACAUCAGUUCAAAAGGAGUUAACGAACAAGGGAAUAAAACCAACUCUAUAUGAUCCAAGAGUCAAGGAAAGAAAAAGAUUAGACAUCCGUGGAGUUCAAGUAGUGCAAAACGAAUUGGAAUCAAUUCAUCCUCUUAUUGGUUUUUCCCAUGUCAUCCCAAAAAAGCCUGAAUUGCUGACUAAUAUAGACACCAGGUAUGGACGAGUGGUCAUUGGAUCUCCCCUCUCUUUUCAUUUAAGUUCUUUGGAGUUCAAUUUAACUGUUGUCACUAACCUGGAACCGGCAGUUAACCCUGCUCAAGCAGAUUCAAGUGACAUUUACAAAGUAAGCUUGCCAUCCCAUUUCCCAGAUUUACCUGAAGCUGUUCAUUUCAGUACUGUGCAAAAAAAUUCAUUAAAAACUUAAGAGUAACUCACCAAGAAAGUAUUGAUAUUGAGAAAAGGACUGUUAAGCAAAGGGAAUGUGAUGAGUGGAUAAAACACCGCAAAAAUAAAUAAUCUUGCCAAGGAACUUAACCAGCCAUUUAAGCCUCUAGAUGAAAUUCCAGCAAUUCAGCAGAGAAAGCUAAAGCAUGGCAUAAAAUUUGAGCCAUUUGCAAGAGAAAAAUAUUAUGAUGUCAUGAGCACUAUUUGAAGAGGCCAAUUAUUUUGAGAGAGACAGGGAUGGUGAUUCCCCUAUGCAUGUUUUGGCUUGAAGGCAGUCCUGAUGGUCUUGUUAUUGAUCCGUGUUCCUCAUCUGGGAAGAUAGGGACAAUUGAAAUGAAAUGUCCAGAGGGAAAGAAGAACCACUCCCCAGAGGAGGCGGCGCAAGAUGAAUCGUUUUACAUUGAAUUAGUUGAUGGUAAACCCAACCUGAAGAAAGAUCAUCACCUAGGAUAUUACACCCAAGUCCAGCUAGUUAUGGGUUUCUGUGGUUUAGAGUGGGUUGACUUUGUAGUCUAUCUCUUUAAAGGGAUGAUCAUCACAAGGGUUCCAUUUAAUAAAGAUUAUUUUGACCAAGUAGUAUGUAAAGUAAAAAUCUUCUAUGUAAAGUGGUUUCUUCCUCAGGUCAUGGCCUAA